GGGUCAGACACUCUGACAUGGCGUCCUUAGUUUGGAACACGGAAGUAACGUAACUUGAGCUGAGAGGUGAGAUCAUCAUUUGUUUUAGUCCACAUUCUUCCUAUCUUGAACAGAAUGCACAACAGGUUGUAUAUAUCGAUGACAAGUCCAUGAUGUGUAGCCAAAGGUGCCUGAAAUUAUUUCCCCAGUGUCUCACUGUCCCCACCUAGCGACAGAUGUGAUUUCACAGAGUUAACUCAAUGCCACCUUCAACACAUCUAUGACAGAGCCAACAAGAAAACACCAACUGCAAGAUGGAAGAUUACGAGAUCCUGACACAGCUAGGGAAGGGCGCCAGUGGAGCUGUGUUCCUGGCACGAAAGACCAACACCAAGAAGAUGCUGGCCCUGAAGAAGAUCCAAGUAGACACCAGCCGCAAGACGCGAACCAAGGAGUCGCUCCUCCGAGAGGCCAAGAUUCUGUCCAAGCUGCAACAUUCCCACAUCGUGGCGUACCAUGACUCCUUCUUCGACAAGGAGGAGGAAUAUCUGUACAUAGUGCAGGACUACUGUGACGGUGGCACCCUGGACGAGAGAAUACACGACAAGAGACAGAAAGGAGAGUUCUUCCCUGAGAGCCAGGUCAUGAGGUGGUUCAUACAGAUUGCCAUGGCGGUACAGUACAUGCACUCCCUCAAGAUCCUUCACCGAGACCUCAAGACUCAAAAUGUCUUCCUCACCAAGAAGGACUGUGUCAAGCUCGGUGAUUUUGGGAUCUCGCGGAUGAUGGAACACACGUUGGACGUGGCUCAGACGUGUGUGGGUACGCCGUGCUACUUGAGCCCGGAACUCUGCCAGGAUAUCCCCUACAGCUCCAAGUCAGAUGUCUGGGCCCUCGGCUGCCUCCUGUACGAAAUGUGUGCCUUAAAACCAGCCUUCGAUGCAAACAACCUCAUCAGCUUGUUUUACAAGAUUGUCAAAGGUGCUUUUGACAUAGUACCUGACUGCUUUUCUCCAGAAAUGACCGAUCUGAUCGGAACAAUUCUGGCAAAGUCGCCUGAGGACAGACCCAGUGCCAGUGCAGUGUUGACUUUGCCGUACGUCCAAGAUCAGCUGAAGAUAUUCCUGGAGGAAAAAGAAGAACUGUACCGACAGAUGGGAGAAGAGAAGGAAAGAAAACAGGUAGCCUCUGUGAAGUUUCCUGAAUCCCACAUAAAGUCCUUCAGUGCAGAAAAUCUUGCACAGGCCAGCCCAGAAGAGAAAGAAGACAACAAAGACAGGAGACCAAGAUGUAAGACUGCCCCGUUGAGACGUGGACACGAGGCUGAAAUCUUCAGUGAGUCUAAGUCUAUACCAAAUAAUGAAACACUGUCAGAUACUGGUACUAGUAAUGAAGGGAUAGAGGGGGAGGAAGCCUGGAUCACAAAAUCAGAAGAGGAGAGAGAGAUUCCCAGUGAAACUUCCUUUGUGAAGGUGGAUCAGUCCAUAUCUGACUCAGAGAGCAGUGUUGAUCAGGACAGGCAGGGGAGGGAAGCGUGGAGAACACAGAGUAACACCAGUAACGGAGAGACAAAGGAAACAGACGGAAGUCGUAACAUCUCAAGUCCAAUCUCCCCAAGAGAAGACUCCGCAAACUACUCCCAGGACUACUCAGACUCAGAUGAUGAGAUCGAGGAAGACAUUCCGGACUCCAGCUCUGAUGAGGACAUUCCGGAGGAAAUUCCAGAAGAGAUUCCUGAACCCAACAGGAACAGGAGCAACAGGGAAUCACCGCUGGAAGUAAAGGAGGACGAGUAUGCAGAUGACUUUGAGGAGUAUGAAUCCGACCCUGAACUUGAGGACAUCAUUAACGAUGCACGGCAGGCAGCAGAGCUGAGGGCAACAGAUGAGGACUUUGUUGAGGAGCCCAUGUCGCCUGGGCUCCAGGCUUCACCCAAGGGAACACAGGCAUGGAAGGAUGUCAUCAAGACCAAGUGUAUUGAGGAGCUUGGAGCAGACCUGUUCCAGGAGAUGCGGGGACAGUUGGAGCAGGGGGUGAGGGCAGAGGACCUGCGGCCCAAGAUCGAGCUGAUGGCUGGGUCAGAGCUCAUGGAGACCUGCUACCUCGUGGACCUGUUCACAGAGGAGCAAACAGGCGAUUCUUGGUCCUGAUGGAUUAGGGAGAGAAGGUUACAGAAAUUUGUCAGCUGCAGGGGUUUUUGUUUUUUUGGGAACCUCUAAAUCUCUUUUUUUUCUUGGCAGGCCCAGAUAGCUUGGUGUUUGCAAUGAUUACUGAUGUAAAACAGCAAUGUUUCUUGUGUUUCAAACCACAUGAAGGUUGCAGGGCUCAAAAUACUUUUUUCUUCAUACCUGCACUAAUGCAGGUAACCUUGAAAAUUACCUGCACCAGACAAAUUUUACUUGAGCACCAGCCUGUAUAUAUGCAAUCGGUACAUGCAUCUCACACCCUGAGACUGUGUUUUGACCUUUUUUUUUUAAAGAUAAGCAAAGCUUCAUUCUGUACAUAUAAUACUCUGACAUAUAGGAAUCCCAAAUCUAUGCAAAUUUUUGCUGAAAUCCAUUGAAGAAAAUAAUCUUUUACCUUUCAAUGUAAUGAAAAUGUCAUGUAAAAUGUGGCCUGCUGUGGUGUCAAAUUCUAAAGACCAAAAAAGGGGUACUAGUAAUCUAGCAAAGUAUAGCUUCCCUUUCGUAGUCUUAGUAUGCUGUAAUCGCUAAAAAUAUAAUUUCAGUAAUUCUCUGCAUUCAUCAUAUCAGCUCCCACAAAAUUCUGGGCUUACUUUGAUUAACAUU